AUGAGUGCCAAUGUUCGAACGGAUUGUUUCUUUAACCUCACGAGAGAAGAAAAAAUUGAUAUUUUCAAGCGUCGACAAGGAUUACGAAUUGAAAAUGUGUUCCGAAACUACUUCGGAUGGGCAAUGCUUCCAUUGGCCGGAUUGGCAACUAUCGUAACCAUUCUGUUCAUAGUGACCAUAUACAAGGCAAUACGCGCUCGUCGAGUCAGUCGCAAGUGUUACAUUUUGAUCUUAAAUCGUUCAAUCGGAGAUUUACUAUCAUGUAUCUGUGCUCUUCUCGUUUGUGGUUAUGUGUUACUCAUGCCUGAUGUUAAUCGAGACAUUGUUAUCUUCAUGGAGUCAUUCUUUAUUGGAUCUUUCUGGUCAGCUAUGGUCUCAUAUGUAGCUCUUUCUGUUUUAAAAUUAUUUGCCGUUUGGAAACCGUUUCACUAUCGCAAAUGGUUUAAUAUGAAACGUUGUAUAUAUUUGAUUAUCUUCAGUUGGAUAAUGUUUGUUUUGAUGAUCAGUUACACAUUGGGUGUAACAGCUUUAGUAAAGAUUCCUUAUUUGAAUGAAUGGUCAGGUUGUAAAAUGGAAACAUGUCUUCGUAUAAUGUAUAGAUCAAGAAACUUUGUAACUCUUACCGUAUACUUCUUCACAUUAUUUGUUUUCGUUGGAACAGUUAUUCUGAUACGAAGAGCACAACGAUUUGUUGAUUCGUUCAAGAAACGUGAGAGUGCCAAGUCAGAGGGUGGACGUAUUCAAAGGGCACGUUUUCCGUUAUGGAAAUUAGCAUUGAAUGUUGGAACAUUUGCUGGCUUAUAUCUCUUCUACGUUAUAUGGUGCAUCGGCUUAGUAUUGAAUACUGAUCAAUGCUAUUUUCAAAGAAAUUAUGCGGAAAUGAUGAUGUUAUUGUCAAUUGUUCGAUUCUCUCUUGUUUUGCGGAUACUAAUUGAUCCUAUUCUCUCAUUCAUAACAGAUUUCCAGAUUCGUCGUGGUAUGCUUGCUCUCUUUAAUAUUCACCGUAACCUUAAUGGACCUGGAUCUCGUGUUGGAUUCCAAAAAUCUACAAUCAGCGAGUAUAAUUCGUCGAAUGGCGAUUCUGGUCCAAAUCGAAUUGAAAGAGUUGCUCGUAGUCAAACAGUUCAUUCAAUUCCUUGA